GCCGCCAUUCUUCUUGUCAGUAAUUUUCGCCCGGCUUGUUGUAUUUUUCUGAAAUGUUAAUGUAAAAUGCGCUCCGAACUGACAUAUUAUGAAUGCAAAUUAGUCUCCCAGUGAUAAGGCUACAGUGUAUGCGAUAACUCCUAUUCCCGAGAUAACCAAUAUCCAACAUUGAAAUCAUGGUCUACAUAUUAGGAGUUUGGUUUCCCAAAAGGCGGCUAGUGUAUCUAGGGGCAUUGAUCCUCUACUUUGCAAUAUCCAAAACAUUGUUCGACAAAAUAUUCGCUACGAGCCACAUAGUCAUUGAUGAGCUCUUCCACAUACCCCAAGGAAAGGUAUUCUGCGCUGGAAAUUACAGCCACUACGAUCCGAAGAUCACCACACCGCCUGGCCUGUACGUCAUCACCACAACACACCUCGGUAACAUGUUUUUCUCAUGCAACAUCUAUAAUCUUCGAUUUGCGAACCUGAUGGGCUCAUGUUUCAACUUCCUAAUCAUCAUGUUCCUUUUAAUAUUAAUUUAUGGACGAGGAAUAGACAUUUAUUUACUCAUGGCUCAAGUGUUCACGUUAAGUACACUCCCACCGCUGUAUUUCUUCUCUUUUGUUUAUUACACUGACGUCUGGUCGCUGACGUUCUUGUUGUUGUAUUCAGCUGUGAGUUCUUUAAAUAAUCGGCAUAUGUGUAUAAUCACGUUUGGUAUAACCGCCAUCGCGAUGCGGCAGACAAAUAUCGCUUGGAUAAUAAUGUUUUUCGGCCAUAAAUGUCUGGAGGUUUUCAUCAAAAGCUCCCGAGUAUUCGGCAACCGAAACUUGACUUCUGUUCAGCUGGGUGAAAACUCUUUGAUUGGACAAGACACAGAUACAUCGAAAUUGAAACGCCAUUAUGAAUUUGAAGACUUCUGGAUUGCUCUCAAAUACCAUUCCGGCACAUAUUUGACGACGUUUUUUAAAUAUGUAACGCUCAGAGAUGCAAAGACACUUGCCAGUCACUUGUUCAUUAUACUAACAUUUGCAACGUUCCUUGUGUUCAACGGUUCCGUUGCUUUUGGUGAUAAGCAAGCGCACGAGGUUACUAUCCACAUACCUCAGCUAUUUUACUUUUUGCUAUUCUACGGAUUCUUUGGCCUACCGUUUGUGGUAUCGAAGGUGCCGGAUACGCUGAGUCUGAUUUUCAGAAACAAAACUAGAGUUUUACUUAUCGCAUUGUUAAUGUUAGCCAUAGUACACGUCAACACUCUAGUUCACCCGUAUUUGCUCGCUGAUAACCGUCACUACACAUUUUACAUCUGGAACCGCUGGUACGGUAAAUACAAUUUUGCCAGAUACGUAAUGGUGCCCAUAUACACGUUCCUUUUGCUGAAUCUGUAUGAGAACUUACGGAAGCAUAACUGCGUUUCAUUAUUGAUUGCAUUCUGUGUGAGCAUUUUUAUAUCGUUGUGUUUCCAAAAGAUGAUUGAGAUCAGAUACUUUUUGGUUCCGUACAUGAUUUGUAGGCUUCGUUUCCGACCACCCACGUACAAGUAUGUAAUUCUAGAGUUCUUGUGGUAUACUAUUAUAAAUGCUGCCUUUUUCUACGUAUUUUUCACUAAAGAAAUUAAAUGGGAGAAUUUUGAACAAAUGCAGAGGAUAAUAUGGUAAUAAUUUACGUUUCUUGUACGAUUAAAUAAUUUAUUAAGAUGUGUAUGUAAAUAACUAAAAUACAUUUAAAAAGAAGACUAAGGCCCAGAACAGACGGUGAAACGCAACUGCAACGAAACUGCAACUGCUAGUUACUUUUGAGUUGCAUCUAAAUUUCUGCCAUAGCGUCCGUCGAGAGACCACACAUGACGCGACCAGUUUGAAUUUCAGUUUCAUUCAUCAGAAUCAUCACAAAGUUACAGUUUCGUUGCAGUUGCGUUUCACCGUCUGUUCUGGGCCUAAAUAUAUAAUAUUCGCGCAGGGAGACUUGAGGCCAUCAACACAAGCAAAGAUUUGUAUAAAGCCAGGUCCAGACCGGUGUAACGCGUAAUGGAAUGUAUCGUGUAUGUAAAUAGGUAGUUUCUUCCACGAAGACGCGCCCCACCAAUUUUUGGGCCGGUGCUGCGGGGAGUUUGAUCCGAGCAAUCCGAGCGUCAUUAUUGUAGUGUGCGUGUGCACUCAUGGAUAAUUUAGCGUGUACAGAUAACACCCAAACAUUAGCGGAAGAAUGGUGGGGCGCGUCUUCGUGGAUGAAACGAUCUGUGUGACUGACAAGCGCUUUCUGUCUCUCUUGCACUCGUUAUAUUUAGCAAGAGCUAGGUAGCUAGUGUAUUCUAUAUUUGAACUUGAAUGUAUGUGUGUUCCUGUAUGCAAAUAUUACGUGAGUGAGUACCAUAAUAUGAAUUCGCCUCAAUUUUCGUUGUGCGAUCUAUAAUUAUGAUGAUUCCAAAGGAUUAAAAUAAUAAAAUCAAAAUAAUAUCUCUGAUUGCAUAUCGGAUGUGUUAUCAGAUAUCAUCUAAGAUAGUUCCACUACAUCCGGAAUUAAAAUAAUAAUUAACAUUUAGCCUAGGCGCAGACCACCAACUUUAAGGCCCAGAACAGACGGUGAAACGCAACUGCAACGAAACUGCAACUGCUAGUUACUUUUGAGUUGCAUCUAAGUUUCUGCCAUAACGUCCGUUGAGAGACCACACAAGACGCGACCAGUUUGAAACUUUCACUUUCAUACAUCAGAAUGAUCAUAAAGUUGCAGUUUCGUUGCAGUUGCGUUUCACCGUCUGUUCUGGGCCUUAGUUGGCCGAUAGUUGGGUCGGGCUGGAGAUGUAUGAAAGUGCGCACAUUACACCGAUUUGAUAUCGCCCGAUUCUUCAUACAAAUUAGAAUCGGGUCCAACUAUCGGCCAACUAAAAGUCGGUGGUCGGCGUCUAGGCUUAAUUUAAGUCGCCAACUAUUUGUUAUGGCAGACAUUUGCAGGAAAGAAAUCUGCGAAACUAUGUUAUUAAAGUUUUCCUAAGUGUGCCAAUUCUAAUGUAAUGAAGUCUUAAUAUAAUACUGCAUUCUUUAUCAAUAUCAAAAACUAAUAACUAUCUUGUAUUCUCAAGGUUAAAUGCACAAUGGUAUACUCCUCACAGACUACACUUUGAGUCGGCCGAUGUUGGGUCGCCUUCCGAUUUGUAUGAAGAAUCGGCCGAUACCAAAUAAAAACUCUAUACUCACCAUCAUCAUCAUUUCAGCCAUAGGACGUCCACUGCUGAACAUAGGCCUCCCCCAAUGCUUUCCAUUUUGAUCGGUUGGUAGCGGCCUGCGUAUGUAUACUCACUCAUAAAAUUCAUUUUAUUUUUGCGAGUAGGCUUAUAAGGCCCAGAACACACGGUGAAACGCAAUUGCAACGAAACUGCAACUGCGACCACACAUGACGCGACCAGUUUGAAACCAUUUUGAAAUGGUCGCGUCAUGUGUGGUCUCUCAACGGACGCUAUGGCAGAAACUUAGAUGCAACUCAAAAGUAACUAGAAGUUGCAGUUUGGUUGCAAUUGCGUUUCACCGUGUGUUCUGGGCCUAAGUAUACGUCCCAGUACUAACCCUACCACUGCUUCGGGACAAUAAAUGGGCCAGUGCUGAGAAGACGCAGCGCAAAAAUCGGUUUAAUGUGCGCACUUCCAUACAUGUUCAUAAUGAUUAAACAGCCCGAUCUUACUAUCGACCGACUAAAGCCUGGUCCGUGAGCACGUAGAAUUUUGUCCAAUGACCCAAAGCUACCCAUCCUUAUCGCUCGCGCGUAAUUAUGUUGCUUUCGCGCUCGCACACUCACUGCGGGCGCCCGUCGCACAGUCGCGACAGCAAUAUAAUUACGCGCGAGCGAUAAGGAUGGGUAGCUUGGGGUCAUUGGACAAAAUUCUACGUGCUCACGGACCAGGCUUUAAAAAUCUGUAGUCAACAGGGUGUUAUUGGAUUAAGUUAUAAUAACAGAUGGAUGUUAUUAGUUAGUAAAAAAUAAUGUUUUAGCUCAAGUCCCUAAGGCUAAUAAAGAAUUGUUAUUUUUGAAUAGGUAUCCCAUAUAUUGGCGUACUUUAAUUUAGUAAAGAAAUUCAAAAUCUUUAGUCUUUAUAAUAUGUAAUUUAUGUAAAAUAUAGAACCUAGAUGUACCCAAAAAUAUUACAUAAUAUAAAACAUUUUAAUAGGUAUGAUGUACCAUUAAACAUGAAAAGAAAACUUCUAAAACAUUACCCACCUUUGCGUUGCGCAGUCGGGUAAAUAUGCCACGAUAUUUUGAACCAGGGAUGUUGUGAAAAUUAAGUUAGAAAGAAUAAAUAAAAUAUUUUUUCCAAAUCUAAAUGUUGUAAUAAACUAUUUAAUUUAUAAAAACAAUGCAUAAAGAGUCAUAUCGAUAAUUUAUUUUGUUGUGAUAUUAUUAUUUAAUUGUAUUGUAUGAAUGAUCUACGAAUGAUUUAAAAUGUAUGUAUUAGUGCAUGAAAUGUGUUAAUAAGUAUGAUAAUAAAUAAUUUCAUGUGAAA